UUAACCCUCAAAUCUUUCACAAUGCACGUGCACAUCGAGAAACACCCUACACGUUCCGUUUCGACAUUUAAAACGUCGCCAAAAAGAAGCGCCGCGUAACGCGAAAUGUCUUUGUUUAUCAGUGUGUUUUCUCCGUCUCAGCGACGCCGAAAGUCCAGUUCGGUUUUUACGUGAAGCUCCAAAAAUCUAUGAAAUGUGUUUGCAUGUUCUUCUGGAUGUAGAGGUGGGAUUGCGAGAAUCGAAAGGUUGGUGAGCCCACACGCUCAGCUUCCCAGAAAGUACGUUUAGCAAUAAUACACUAUUCUCUUCUUCACGCGCUCGGCACGGUCGAAGGCUACAUGAUUUCUGGAAGUGGAGAAUAAGCUUUUUCUCUCUUCUUUUUGCCAUCAAUCUCUGCGACAGGCUUGGAGAAGGGGCGCUCGGACAGUGGAAGCCCUCCCCUCUGCUCGGAUCUGCCUUGUCUACAGGUUGCUGGCAGAAAGAUGUGGAUGAGGGCUGAAGUCUAGAGUCAAGGGCAUUGGGGUCUGCCUGCCAUUGGCUGGCCGUUUUGCCCGUUAAGGGGAGGCUCCACCCUCACCUGGGCACUGAGCGGAUUGCGAGCGCUGCCUGGCUCCUCCUUUCGCCAGCCCCCGUCCCCUCCCCAACCCUGCCCCCCCUCCCACGGUCACACCCCGUGGCUGGACCAUGUCUGGCGGACAGCCGGAGGGCAGCCGGACACCCAAGGCCCAGGACCAGGACACGGACCAGGACCAGGACAAGCGCAGUUGUGGGGAGGACAGCCCUGUUAUCGAACGCCGCAACCGGAGUGGCAUCAUCAGCGAGCCCCUCAGCAAGAGCCUGAAGAGGUCUCGCACCCUCUCGCAGUACACCGCCGUGUGCCCCCAGACUGCCAACGGACUGAAACACAACGGCCAGGCAAAGAGCCACGCGGCCAAGCCCCAGCCCGCCCAGCAGCAGCCGCAGCAGCCUUCCGUCUCGGCCUUGGUGCCGAGCAAGCUGGACCGAACCCUGGAGCAGGUGUUGGAGGGACAGAACGGCCUUUUGCACUUUGCCCAGGCAGCUGCGCUACUUAAGCGGGCGGGCAUGGAGCACAUGUUGCUUCCGGGGGGAAUGGGAGUGGGCGGGGGCGAGGUGGGGACGGUCGACCUGGAAGGGGCGUCAGUGGCUGAAACGGUGGGGGGUCACACAGACUUCCCAUACGGUGUGGGCAGUGGCGGCUUCCCCUUUAACCCAGGGUUGUUCAUCAUGACGCCUGCCGGAGUCUUCCUCGCCGACAGCGCGCUGCACAUGGCCAGCUUGACGGAGUACCCAGUGCAAAGCGAGCUGGCCUCCGCCAUUAACUCCGGGAAGAAGAAGAGAAAACGCUGUGGGAUGUGCCCACCUUGCCGGCGCAGGAUUAACUGCGAGCAGUGCAGCAGUUGCCGGAACCGCAAGACGGGCCACCAGAUCUGCAAGUUCCGCAAGUGCGAGGAGCUCAAGAAGAAACCGUCUGCUGCACUGGAGGUGAUGCUGCCGACGGGUGCAGCGUUCCGGUGGUUCCAGUAGGACUGUGACCUCUGACCUCCACCCAAAACUCUGCCAUCAAGUGCAAUGCCAACUCUCGCUUGGAUCAUCUCGGGCACCAACACUGGCUGACAAACACAAACUACGUGAAAAAAAGAAGAAAAGAAACACAAGACAACUAUGAAAAAAAAAACUUCAUCACAAGAUACAGAACAAUAAAACAACAAUACAAAAAGAAUCAAACGAGUAAUGGAUGCACCUACUUAUUCCUUGAACCAAAAAUUUAAACAUAAAAAUAUCUAUGGCAACUUUCAUUCCCUUUUAUAUGUUUCCAUUUUGGUACCUUUUUGUCCCUUUUCCAGCAGAUUUUUUUCUGUGGCUUAGACAUGGAACUGUUCAUUGACAGACAGAAAUGGCGGACUCAGUGUGGACAAUCAACAAAAUUUCUGUGUUUGGUGUUAAUGUUGUUCACGUGUGGAAAGAUACAGUACUUGUGUAGAGAAUGUAAAUUUUACGGCUAUAUUUUAAAAUUAGUGGCUAAUGGCAAGCACUAUUGUAAUUUAGGACCAUUGUUCUUACUUAUAAACUGUAUUUUAUGAUUGUUUCUUUUUUUUUAAGUUUGAUUUAAAUUUAUAGUUUUAAAAAAUGAUCAGUGUUUGUCUUUCAAGGGAAAGUAAAUAUUCCAAAAUCUACAAACCCAGUUUUAUAAAUAAACAAAUAUACAACAUACAUUUUUUUUUUAAAAACCCUACUAUGAUGACGACUUAAUUGGAAGAUAAAAUUCAUAUUGUUUCUGUAGGGUUGUUACUACUGGAAGCUCCAAACUUUAAAUA